AUUAGUAGUACCUUUUUAGUUAGCUGAGAGCAAGACUCCAACUAUCUAAGGCCUAUGGAGAUAAGCACCCAUCAAUAACGGUUAAUGUUUCUGUACCUUUUUGUGUUUAUGCUACUUUAACUGAAUUUGCAACUGUCUGCAAUAAUAUGGCUUUCAAAGCUGUCCCGAUGAUGAUAACGUUACUUUUAGUGACUGUUGGAUUUUUCCACUUUACCUACGGGGGUUAUCUGAUAGUGUCACCGGAUUCCAUACGGCCUGGAUUACCAUUUGUGGUCAGCGUAAACAUUGAAGCUACACAACCGUUCGUCUUAAAAGUCUGGAUAACGAGAAACUUUGUUAAGCUAGCGGAGUCUGUAAACGCCUACGAAAAUGGCGUCGCUGACACAAUUGAAUUUCAGGUGCCGGAGAAUGCAGACAAUGGCCUCUACAUGAUAUAUGCAGUAGCAUCAGGUGGAAUUCGGUUUUAUAAAGAAAAUACCUUAAAAUUCAUUUCUAAGGGAUUUUCAAUCUACAUCCAGACAGAUAAAGCCAUUUAUAAGCCAGGACAAACAAUUAACUACAGAAUAUUUGCUGUCAAUCCUGACUUGUCCCAGCGCAAGGUAAAUUUUGACAUCGAAAUCAAGGAUCCACUUGGAAAUUUGAUUAAGCAAUGGAAUAACCUCAAAGCGCCCUCAUCUGGUGUAGUAAUAGAAGAAUUAUUGAUGACAACGCAGCCUGUUCUUGGAGACUGGAAUAUUACUGCUACUUCAGGGCAUGUGUCUGUAGUUCAAGUUUUCACUGUUGCUGAGUACGUCCUCCCAAAGUUUGAGGUGACGAUAACAUUGCCUUCAUUCAUCACCAGCGAUAACACUGAACUACAGGGAAGAGUUGAUGCCAAGUAUACAUUUGGGAAGCCGGUGUAUGGAAAGUUGCUAUUAAAAUUUGGAACCGACAAUAAGUUGAACCAACAAUUAGAUAUGACCACGAUUGUAAGUAUACGCUAUCUUUACUCUUUUAAAAUUGAAAUUAUAUACAAGUCUUGUAACUCUCCUGUGUACUGCUUUGUAAGCUAUGUUAUAACUUCUAUCUUAUUUUGCUAUUUUACAGAUAAGUCACUGGGGUACGUUGAAACAACGCAUGAAAUUCCAGCAAGUGGAGUUGUAAAAUACACAUUUGAAACUAAUAGUUUUCCUUCAUUAUUGAAUUUACAGGCACAGCAAGGGCCGUAUUUCUCUGAUUCCAUUGAAGUCGAAGCAGCUGUAUCACCGAGUAAUUCAUUCAUACAAAUUGGCUUGGACACAUCGCAUUUGUCAGCAGGAAACGUUGCAACAUUCUGGCUCCGCUCCACUGAAAUCCCUUCUUACAUUGUUUACCUGAUUAUAUCCAAAAGUAGAAUUGUUGCUAUGGAAACCCUUUACAAUCUGACAUCUACCCAAAAUAGACUAACCGUCGACAUAACACCAGAUAUGGCACCAUUAGCCAAAUUAGUGGCGUACUAUGUUCGGAAAGACAAAGAAGUCGUUGUUGAUGUGUUUAACUUCAAAGUGGAUGGUUUGUUUAAGAAUCAGGUUAGUCUAUCGUUCAGUAAAGAUAUUCUUGAACCUGGUGACAACAUUACAGUUGAUGUGACAGCAACCAACGGGUCUCAGGUUUACCUUUUAGCUGUCGAUCAGAGUGUCUUACUUCUGAAGUCCAGCAAUGACAUCACUCAACGAAAGGUCCUUAGAGAAUUAGAAACUUUUGAUGGAAGUGAUAAUAUUGGCAUGUGGUUUGAUCGGUUUCCAUACCUAACAACAGGCAUAACUGCUAAUGAUAUCUUUAAGAAUAUUGGAGUUCUGGUAUUAACAGAUGCUAUGAUUCCUGAAAGAACUAUAUUUUUUGCAAGAGGAAAGGGCUAUGCUGGUCGUAGUAAUAGAAUUAAUCCUGGUAUGGGAAUACCUUUUGGCGGUGGGGAUUAUGGAUACGCAGCAGAUUAUGACACGGAAACACAAUUAGAAGACACACCUGUACGUGAAGAUUCUGCUGUGCGUACAGAUUCUGCUGUUCGUACGGAGUUUCCGGAAACAUGGCUGUGGACAGAUACAACUGUUGGAGAUGAUGGAACUGUUUCCAUCAACACUAAGGUCCCAGAUACCAUUACGUCUUGGAUUGGAAGUGCCUUUGCUUUUUCUGAUAAUACAGGACUUGGAGUGGUGACAACUACAUCAACGGUGACAGUUUUCAAACCGUUCUUUGUUUCGUUAAACCUACCGUACUCAGUGAUUCGAGGUGAAAACCUAGCAUUAGAGAUUUUAGUUUUUAAUUAUCAAACCAAAGACAUUACUGCUGAGAUAAUUCUCCACAAAUCUGCGGAUUUCGAUAAUAUUGAAUUCCAAUCGACUAAUAACAAUUCAACCAAUGUUGUUAGCAAAAACCAGAUCGUGAAAGCAACUAUCACUGCUGGAGAUGGUGUGUCAGUUUCUUUUGCUAUAAUUCCCAAGAAUCUAAAACUGAUGGACAUUCAUGUGUCUGCCCAGUCAUCAACCGCCAGAGAUAGUGUCAUUCGACAGCUUUUAGUUGAGCCCGAGGGAGUUAUGGAGUCAUACACUAAUUCAGAUUUUAUUGAUGUAUCAAACGAUGUCUACGUAACAUCAUUCCUAAUUGAUCUGCCGCCUCCAUCUGGUCUAGUUGAGGAUUCUGUUCGUGUGGUUUUGUCAGCAACAGGUGACAUAAUGGGUCCAACCAUUAGCGGAUUGGACAAACUGCUGCGUAUGCCCUCAGGCUGUGGAGAACAGAAUAUGAUAGUCUUCGCUCCAGAUGUCUUUAUCUAUGAUUACCUAGAGAACACCAAUCAAAAUAAUCUUGAAAUAAAGACAAUGGCUCUCCGUUUUAUGAACAUAGGCUACCAAAAGGAACUUACUUUUCAGCACAUAGAUGGCUCUUUUAGUGCCUUUGGUGAAAGUGAUUUCCAUGGCAGUACUUGGUUGACAGCUUUCGUGGUGAAAUCAUUUGUCCAAGCUCAGGAGUACAUAUUUAUUGAUUACAAACUUGUGGAGAAGGCUGUUAAUUGGAUACUGACACAGCAGAAUGAAGAUGGAUCAUUCCGGGAACCAGGAAAGAUAAUUCACAGAGAUAUGCAGGGUGGUUUAUCUGGACCAGUGACCCUUACAUCUUAUGUGUUGGUGGCUUUGCAAGAAGCUAAAAAGGGGAAAGGGUUCUCUCAGACUACUUUGGACUUGCUUGGAAGUUCUGUUAAUAAGGCUGCAUCCUACAUUGCUUCUAAGUUAUACAACUUCAACUCUGAUCCGUAUGUAUUGGCCAUUACCACGUAUGCUCUUACUUUAAUCGGCCAUCCAAAUAAAAACGUAUUCCUUGCUGUAUUUGAGGAAUUGGCAAUUGUUGAAGCUUUAUUUUUAACAUUCCAUAAACCGUUUCAACCUUUGCGCAAGGCUCGCUCCAAACCAAAGAAACCUUGGAUUACUGUAGAAAUCUUAAAACUGUCCAGGAGGAAAUCCAGGUUAUAUAAAGCUGCAAUUAAAGCUAAAAACCUUCUUAAACCCCAUGCACAGACUAAAUGGAAUGACUUCAAGUCUAUCCCUGUACUAUCUGGCUCAGUUGAUAUAUCAGUCUCUGGCAAUGGUUCCUGCCUAGUUCAAUUCACUGUUUCCUACAAUGUGGAAGAGGUUAACCAGGUACCAGCAUUUGAUGUUGUGUUAACAGUGAUCGACGUAGUUCCAAACAGCAUCCAGCUCAAGGUUUGCGGGAAAUAUAUCAAGGAGGCGGAAAGCGGAAUGUCAAUCAUGGAAAUUGGCAUUCCAUCAGGAUUUGAGGUGGAUGAGGAUAAGUUAAAAAUUGAACUGUCGAAGAUUGUCACUUUGCAAAACUAUGAGAUUCAGACGAGAUUCGUUAACCUGUAUCUUGACAAGGCAAUGAAUCUACAACUAGUUGCAGAGGUGGUUGUGUUUGUUGCCUGCUUCUUGGGAUUCAUAUGCCCAACCCAUAACACUAUAUUUCUUGCCCCAGUUGAUGAGGCUGAAGUGAUUAAAAUACUUGCCUCUUUUAAAACCAACAAAUCCCCAGGAGUUGAAAUCAUGUAUGAUUUGUACAGUCCACUCAUACGAAAGAUUGAAGUUCUCAAGCUAGAGAAACGUCCUGACGUUAACCUGCGAUAUUUACGAGAUUCACUACCCGAAUACAGCACUGUAGACCCUGACAUGAUAUCUAUAAAGCAUGUACCAGGCCAUCCAAUUCCAGUCAAUGAUAUAAAGGUAAAUGAGAUAAAGAUUGAAUGUAACAACCCUCACAGAGGUGUAGAUGUCAUCUUCAGCAAGAAACUUCGUAUCAAAAGGGCGGCGCUAGGCUCCUUGGCGGGGAUAACCCCAAUUCGCUAUUUAUCUUCUCCAGUAAUAAACACUAACUUGUGUAAAGGUCGAUCCAUUUUGACCUUCUUUGAUCCAACAUACAAUUGCACUUUUCGAACAAGACCGUCUUCACUGGGAUACGUUGCAAUUGCAAGUGACCAAUGA